ACUGACAUACCAGAGAAAGCCAAAAAAAAGAAAGAAAGAAAAAAGAGGAAAAACAACAAGCAGUCCAAAUAGCAAGCAGAUGAAUGAGUAGUUGGAGAGAGACAGACACACAGACAGACAUGGUACUGACUGGCACUUCUCAUCGCUUUAUUGGAACAUGACACAAAUAUACUUUUUCUUAUCACCACUGGGAAUAAAAAACUGUCAUCUGAGAAUCUUUAGAGGAGUGUGAGCUUUCACACAACCUUUCAAACUAAAUGGAAAGCUGACCUGGACUGUUCACCAUGUCCUGGUAUAACACUGUAGUUAAAAAACUUGGCUACCCCACCAUUGAGUUGUUCGUGAAGGCGGGAAGUGACGGGGAGAGCAUCGGUAACUGUCCAUUCUCCCAGAGACUCUUCAUGAUCCUGUGGCUUAAAGGAGUCAUCUUCAACGUCACCACUGUCGACCUCAAACGGAAGCCAGCCGACCUGCAGGACCUGGCUCCAGGAACCAACCCUCCCUUUGUGACCUUUAACGGUGAGGUGAAGGUUGACGUGAACAUGAUAGAAGAGUUCCUGGAGGAGAAACUGACCCCCACCAGCUAUCCCAGACUGGCUCCCAAACAUCGUGAAGCCAACACAGCCGGCAUCGAUGUGUUCGCUAAGUUCUCAGCUUACAUUAAAAACCCAAGAAAAGACACCAACGACGCCUUAGAGAAAGCCUUGCUGAAGUCUCUUCGGCGUCUCGAUGACUUCCUGAGGACCCCCCUCCCCGAGGAGAUCGAUGCUUACGCCUCAGGUGACCUGCCUGAGUCGUCCCAGGAGCUUCUUGAUGGAUCUCAGCUCACUCUGGCCGACUGCAACCUCCUGCCUAAACUACACAUCUUAAGGGUCGUAGCCAAGAAGUACCGUGGCUUUGAGAUCCCGGCAGAGAUGACGGGGUUGUGGAGGUAUUUAAACUGCGCCUAUCAGAGGGAGGAGUUCACCAACACAUGCCCUGCUGAGAGGGAGAUUGAAUUUGCCUACCUGGAUGUUGCGAAACGAAUCAAAUAAGAGCAAGAGUGGGAGAAGCAUGGGGACAACUAGAUUAGAUACAAAGAGUAGGU